GCCCAUCAGGGUACUUAAGGUAGACCAAUACUUGCCUUUCCUUCUGCCUUCACCUCCACCAUGGACACAAGCCGUGUGCAGCCUAUCAAGCUGGCCCGAGUCACCAAAGUGCUGGGCCAGACAGGCUUGCAGGGGCCGUGUAUGCAGGUCUGUGUGGAAUUCAUGGAUUACACCAGCUGUUCAGUCAUCUACAAUGAGAAAGGCCAAGUCUGGGUAGGGUAUGGGCUCACACUCCUGGAAUCCGAAUGCGAGGUCCAGCAGUGGCACUGAGCUGUAGCUCAGUCGGGUCAAAACUCUCUGGUGUGAUAUGUUUGCACAGAGUGAUGAGCCACCCCCUGUCCUUCCAAUAAACUUUCUUUGCCUUCCACCACUAAAAAAAAAAAA